GUUUCUCUUAAUUUUGAUUCGCAUAGUCGCUUGUUCAUCGUUGUUGACGGCUAGUACUUGGAUCUUCUCUUUUCCUUCCCCGAUCUGAUUUCAUCGUUUCGGAUCUCAUCUAUUAACUGACAAAUGAAGCAUAUAGUAAAGAUAUUGAGCCUGUUGGUGGCAAUAUCUGCCUUCUGGAUUGGUCUUUUGCAGGCUGCGAUUGUUCCUCGAAGCCAUACAUGGUUGCUACCGAUCUACUUUGUAGUAUCUCUCGGAUGCUAUGGUCUAUUAAUGGUUGGAAUCGGGCUAAUGCAGUUUCCUACCUGUCCCCAAGAAGCUCUUCUCUUGCAGCAGGAUAUUGCAGAGGCCAAAGACUUCUUUAAGCAUAAAGGGGUCGAUGUUGGAUCGGAUUGACACAAUAGCUUUUUAACGGCCAAGCAUUAGAAAUAGUUUUUGUUAUUGACAAAGAUCUUAAAGAGUUAAAGGUGCUGUUUGGAUA